UUACCAUCCCUUUCCCAAAACCAAUUCUUAAGAGAUGCUGCUUAGGGUCCCUGUACUGGGGCCCUACUAAGUUAUGAAAACAGCUAAAGAAAACAGGAGAGGAGGAUUUGAAUCUGAGCAGACAUUUGCUGACAGGCCACAUCCAUCUUCCUGGCCUGCCCCUAUCUAGGUGACCAAAUCACUAUUCUUAGAGCAUGUCCUAAUUGAAAGCUGGCUGAGUGAGCAGUCAUCCCCAGCAAAGUUAAUUUUUUGGUCUUACCACACCUCAGCCCCCAUCAAGAUUAGACUCACCCAGAGGACUCCCCUCACAGGAGGAGAAAGGAACACAAGAUGGUCUGAUAAUCGCCCCCUGAAAACUACCAACAGAGUUCCUCAAGGGAGGCUCAGGACUUUUACCAGGAUCCCAUAAGAAUGUAUGUGGUAGACCCAUGCUUCUUCAAAUGCCAGGCAAAAAGCAGCAAAGAGGGAAUAUUGAUACAGACCAAUUGAUACAUUUGACAGGGCCAAACAGUAAAUAUUUUGGAUGCUGAGGUCUUCACUCUUACAGCAUGAAGGCAGCCAUAAACAAUAUGUAAAUAAAUGAAUGUAGUUAUGUUCCAGUAAAACUGUAUCUGCAAACAGGUACCAGGCAAGUUUGCCAACCUAUAUAGACUAUCUGAUUGCUUUAUGGAGUUGUUCCUCUCCCCCCAACCCCUCAUCCUGAGUAUGUCCUUUUCCAGAACGUGAUCAAACUGCAGAGAUGGCAGCUGAGUCCUUGCCUUUUUCCUUCGGGACACUGUCCAGCUGGGAGCUGGAAGCCUGGUAUGAGGACCUGCAAGAAGUGCUGUCCUCAGAUGAAAAUGGGGGUACCUACAUUUCCCCCUCUGGAAACAAGGAGGAAGAAUCAGAAACCUUCACCACUCUUGACCCUGCCUCUCUGGCUUGGCUGACUGAGGAGCCAGGACCAGCAGAGGUCACAAACAGCUCCCAGAGCCCUCGCUCUCCAGAUUCCAGUCAGAGCUCCCUGGCUCAGGAGGAAGAAGAGGAAGACCAGAGAAGACCCAGGAAGCGGAAACAGAGUGGUCAGUCCCCAGCUGUGGCUGGAAAGCAACGCAUGAAGGAGAAAGAACAAGAGAAUGAAAGGAAAGUGGCACAGCUAGCUGAAGAGAAUGAACGACUCAAGCAGGAAAUCGAGCGCCUGACCAGGGAGGUAGAGGCGACUCGCCGAGCUCUCAUUGACCGAAUGGUUAAUCUGCACCAAGCAUGAAGAGUUGGGACCAUCAUUUCCCCCUCGGGCCACCACCUACCUUUCGCAAAAGUGGCCGCUGACCAUCUUUCUCCAGUGCCAAUGAUGUGACCCUCAACCCCAUCUAUUCAGGAGGCGGGAAAGCUUGGGGUAGACAACAGGAAAGGGUCUGAGCAUGUAUAUAGAGAUUGUAAAUUUAUUUAUUACUGUCCAUAUCCAUUAAAGUAACUUUCUAUGA